AUGAAGUUUUCAGCCAGGAGAGAGAGAGACAAAGUCGCAGAGUCUCCUGCUUUCUACUCACUACCCAGCAGAGGAUUGCCCCCCACUAAACCCAGCGCUAAGGAACCCCCAAACAGGACUUGCUUUCCCUCCUCACACAUUUGGGUGAUGCCUUCUGGCAUGUUCAGCAUUGACAACAUUUUGGCUGCCAGACCUCGCUGCAAGGAGUCGGUGCUGCUCCCCCAGAAUGGCCCGAUGGUGUUCUCCAGUCUGGGGGAGUCUCUCUAUGGCCCCGCAGAUUACAGCGGAUUUUAUAACCGAGCUGUGGCCCCAACUUCUACUCUUCAAGCGGUGACUGGAUCUAGGCUGGGAUUCAAUAACUACUACUAUGGACAGUUGCACGUACAGACGCCUAUGGGCCCCUCAUGCUGCGGGGCAGUGCAAAGUCUGGGGACGCAGCAAUGCUCCUGUGUGCCCCCCGCUACAGCAUAUGAUGGUGCAGGAUCAGUGCUGAUGCCCCCAGUGCCUCACCAAAUGCUCCCUUAUAUGAAUGUGGGCACUUUGUCACGGACUGAGCUACAGUUGCUGAACCAGCUGCACUGCAGGAGGAAGAGGAGGCACAGGACCAUCUUCACUGAUGAGCAACUGGAAGCACUGGAGAAUCUCUUCCAAGAAACCAAGUACCCAGACGUGGGCACCAGAGAACAGCUGGCAAGGAGGGUUCACCUCAGAGAGGAAAAAGUAGAGGUUUGGUUCAAAAAUCGAAGAGCAAAGUGGAGGAGGCAGAAAAGAUCUUCAUCAGAAGAAUCAGAAAAUACCCAAAAGUGGAAUAAGUCCUCAAAAAACUCAACAGAGAAAGGGGACGAACAGGUUAAAAGUGACCUGGACUCUGACAGUUGAUUGGUUCCUCUGGAAUAAGACUAAAGACUUGCACAUCAGGAUAGCUGAACGCCCCAGCAGUGCCAUGAUGUGGGAUCUGUACAUAAAGUGUAAAUAUUAUCAUUUCAUUGCCUGUAAAUAAAAAAGAAUGUGCAGACAUUUUGCACAGAUACACUGUACUGAAUUUACUAUUUAUACCUUAAGUUAAAGGAAUUGCUACAAUAAACAGAUGGUGAAAAAUCA